CCCAUCCAGCCUCAGAGACGCGCUCACAUGGAGAUUACACAGACGGACUGCAGCAGCAGGAUUUCCCAGCCUAGUGUUUGUGCAAUGCAGACCCAAGUUUGUUCUGGAUGCGGGUCUUUGCGCCUCAAGUCGAUCUAUAGAAAGAGUUUGUAUCAGGCUGAAAAGUUCCCGUGACUGCAGUUUGACAAGAAAUGAAAGGAAGGAAAACAAAGUGAGUCUGACUCUGCUGCUGUGUUUGUAGUCUAAAACAGAUGACAUCUCUGUGAAGGAGAACAAUCUGAAGUGGAUGCAAUAAGAGGCUGUCCAACCAGCCUGUACCAGAACAAGUCCAGUGGUUUUUCAUCCUUUUUGUGGACGGAAACAGAGGUGAAAGCAUCACCUUCACCUGUUAAUCCCACCACUGUCUGCUAGUCCGGUCCAUCCUCCUGUCCUCACCGGUGCCAUGCUGUCCAGUGUGCGCCGCCACAGCCUCCGCCUCCAGUCGGAGCUCCACCGCUGGAGCAUCUGUGACCCGGGCAGCCACCUGCUCCCGGACGGACUCCUGGCCCGGGUCCCCGCCUGCAUCUCCCGCUCCAAGUCCUGCACCAGCUCCGCCGGGGAGUCCGACAGCAGCCGCGGGAGCUGGUCGUCCUCAGACUCGGUCAUCUCGUCUGAUUCGGCCGGAGACCAGACCGGCCCCGGGAAUCCGUACCGGGUGGUCCUGCUGGGGGCCAGUGGGGUCGGCAAGACGGCGUUUGCGAGCAUCUUCGCGGGUGCAGCGGACAGUAUGGACAGCGACGACUGUGAGCUGUUUGGAGAUGAGGUGUGUGAAAAAACAGUUGAAGUGGAUGGAGAACCUGCAACUAUAACUCUCCUUGACACCUGGGAUGCAGAGACUGACACUGACUGUCAGAGCUCCCAGCAGUGCAACAUGCAGACAGGUGAUGCCUACCUGUUGCUGUACUCCAUCACUGACAGGCCCUCCUUCCUGCGAGCCUCAGAGCUCCGGAUAACCCUGCGCCAGUUUCGUCCCGUUCACCACACACCCAUCAUUCUGGUGGGAAACAAGUGUGAUCUGGUGCGACGCAGAGAGGUUUCAGUCAGUGAGGGCAGAGCCUGUGCUGCGGUGUUUGACUGUAAGUUUAUUGAAACAUCAGCAGCCAUGCAGCACAAUGUCUGGGAGGCCUUCCACGGCAUUGUACGACAGCUGCGUCUACGCCGAGACUCUAAGGAAGCCAACAAACGCCGCAGGUACAUAAGCUCUAACUCCAGGCGUGAGAGUCUUCCUGUGAAGGCCAAACGUUUCCUCGAUAAGAUGGUGGCGAAGAACAACCCCAGCGUGGCCUUUUGGCUGAAGUCCAAGUCCUGCCACGAUCUCUCUGUGCUGUAGGAGCCAUCAGACAAUCAUUCCUGAUUCUGCACUAAACUGUGGCCAGGUGGAAGAGUUUCAGCCUGGACAGUGAACUGUGUGGACCCAGGCUGGAUGAAGUCGGCUUCUGAAGGGCUAAAAGUUCAAACCCAGUCAUCACUGUGGUCAGACGGGCCAUCAGCACAGUCGGUACAGUGUACAUAACUCUCCUGCACUGUCAUCCAUAUACUGGGUUUCAGUCUGAACUGAGUGGACUGAGCUCAGGUUGUCUGGGUUUAUGAUGACUGGACAGUCAGACCAUGAGGUUUUGUUUCUGCUCACACUGGCUCAUCAUGUCUUUGUGGCAGAUGGCUGCAGGGUAAAGAUAAUGGAGAGUGAAAGAAGGAUGAGGUGUGAUGUGUUUGACUCAUUUCUGUGUUUAUUACAAUAACAUUAACAUUAUCGUCCCUGCAGAUCUCUUCUUUUUUGUGUUUUUUGCCAUUUGGCUUUGAUCCUUGCCAAAUGUUAUUUAUCUGUUGACUGAAGAUACCAGAUGUAAGCUACUGACAACCAUGUGUGAUUAAUGUCAGAAUUUUGUAUGAUUGUAAUUCAGCAGUAUUUUACUUUAUUUAUAAUGUGUGUUUUUUUCACUUAUUGUAAAUAAAUAUGAGUUUGGGUAUGUAUGGUAUUUUGGUUCUUUAAUGCUGAUUAAGUGUUGCUCAUUGAAAUAAAGAGGCAUUAUGUCAUUUGAAAAAUACAAAAA